UUAGGAUGAACAAGAAAAUCUUUUUUUAAAGGCUUGAAGAUAUAGAUUUGAAGAAUUAGCCAAAAGAAAAAUCUCUCUCCAUUGAAUUGAUAGAGAGAAAGAAGAACAGGGUGUCUCUCUCUCUUUCUUAACAUAGAUUAGACCACCCUAAAGACUCGAUUUUUUUCUCUCUUUAGAUUUCAUUUUUUUCCCAGUAAUCAAAUUAAAAUUUGCCUCUUUCAGUCCAAAACCCUGAGAUUUUUGGGAGAAUCUCUGUGACACUCAUUUCUUUCUAGGGAAAGAAUCCAAAAUGGGUUCGGAGAUUAUACUCUGUGAUGGCUUCGAGGUGGUUCCUCCGCCGAUAAACGAUUUGAUACUCUUCGGAAGAGGCCAAUCUGUAUCAAGUUGCGAUGUAUCAACGAUCACUACCGAAGAAGACGGCACUGUUUUUUCCGGUGAUAGUUCGCCGGGAGGUGCAGCUGAAGAGGAUUGGCCUGAAGAUAAAUCUUUAUCGUUUUACUUUGUUAAGCAACCAGCUUACGAUGAUCCCGAGAUCCAAGCCAAGAUCGAUGAAGCUGGUCAUGAGAUUAAGCACUGUAAUCAACUCCGUAUUGGUGUCUCCAGUGCUCAGAAAUCCGAAAAGGCUGAGAUUUCGUCUUUGUUUUCACAUAUGGUGAGUUUGACUCCUAAAUCAGAAGGAUAUAGAGUGGUUUUUGAAGAGAAGAAGAGGGAAUUUGAUACUCUACAAGAAGCUCUACGGAAUCUCCGGUGCUCUACUAGUGAUCAACUUUGUUUUCCAAAGGAGGAACUCGAUCAUCUUAUGUAUAUAGCUCAUUAUCAGAUUGAACAUGGUAGCAUUGGUUUGGAGGAAGAAGAUUGGGUGCUUAAAGAGACCGAGAAGCCUGAUGGGAUAGUUCUAAGUGAGGAUUCUCUUGUGGAGAAAGAAGCUUCCAUAAACCGUGUCAAGUCUAAGGCCGUGGAAUUGUAUCAAGUAAAGAAGGAGCACGAUGCGAUUACAUGGAAGAUAAACCUCUUGGCUGAAAAAAUGGGGAAGAGUCGGAACAAGAUCAAGAUUUUGGAUGUAGAACUGGCACACAUACUUGAGAAGAGGGACAGAUCCUAUGAAAGGAUUAGGAUGUUGAGGAUACAACGAGACAAAGGGAAUGCCGCCUUUUUCGAGAGCCUUCCUGUUAUGAGGAAAGCUAAAGAAUUGGCUGCUUCUGGAAAUGUUCGAGAUCUUGAAGUGUUUGCCAACUCUGAGGUUGAAAGAUUCAUGACUCAUUGGAAUGAUGACAAGGCUUUUAGGGAUGAUUACGUAAAAAGAAUCUCGCUUUCACUCUGUGAAAGACAGCUGAACCAAGAUGGCCGGAUUAAAGAUCCUGAAGUUCAGGUUGUUGGGGAAAAGCAAGUACCGGUUAAGACUAUGAAGGGAGGCGAGAAGGUUCACAAGACGAAUAGAGAAGAUUCCAGCUCCAACUCGUCUCAAGAUGGAAGUGUAAUUAUAGAUAAACCAACACAAGAGACGAGGAAAAAGGCGAUGGAUUUCAACAGGUCAAGUGCUGAGGAGAGUGAUGUUAUAGAUUUGGAAUUCUCGGUGUAUGAGAAACCAAAGAAGGAAGAAGAAGAGGUCGAUGAAGAAACUUUGAAGGAAAGUAAAAGAGAAGAGCAGUUAGAGAAAGCUCGGUUAGCGAUGGAGAGGAAGAAGAAGCUGCAAGAGAAAGCUGCUGCUAAAGCUGCUAUAAGAGCUCAAAAGGAAGCUGAAAAGAAACUCAAGGAGUGUGAGAAAAAGGCGAAGAAGAAAGCUGCAAAUUCUUCUUCUCCUUCAGAAUCAGACCAAUCACAAGAAGUUAUCAAUGAGCUGGAAAAGGGUAGGACUUUAGCUGUUUCAGUGAAAGAGAAACACCAAAAGGAGAGAUCAUUGUUUCCAAAGCAGAGAAGUUUCAGGUACAAACACCGCGGAAGAGGAACCGAAGCUCUCCCUAAGGCAAUCCUAAACCGUAGAAGGGCUCAAAAAUAUUGGGUUUGGGGACUUUCAUCUGCUGCACUUGCUGUCGCACUCUUCCUUGUGGUUUUACUUCUACGGUAAACUGGGAAAGGAAAGAGACAUUAAAAAGGUUUUGACUCUGCCUAAUUGGAGAUGGAGCAAGUGAAGGAAGAGCUGCUUCUGGACUUUCAAAGUUAGCUUUUAGUUUCAUAACCUUAGAUGUUAGUUAAUAUGUAUCUGUCUCUUUGGAGAGUUGUCUUAAAAAAAAAAAAAAAAAAAAGAGAAACAUCCUAAUUGUUAGUAGGAGCUUCUGAAAGUCCAUAGAGACUUCAUGUUGUCUUUAUGUGAACAUUGUGGAUUAAAUCCACUUUAUAGUUAGUCAAGUAUCUUGACUAACUAUAUACUUAGAAAUUGCAAAUAACAUAAAGCUUCUUC